AUGAAAAUUCAGAAAGCGGAAUUCCUGAAAAGUAGCGCAGAACUCAAUCAAUGUCCGGAAACCGAAUGGCCGGAAUAUGCCUUUAUUGGACGCAGUAAUGUGGGUAAGAGCAGCCUCAUCAAUAUGUUGAUGGAUCAUAAAGGUUUGGCCAAGACUUCAUCACGGCCGGGUAAAACACAAUUGAUUAAUCACUUUACUGUAAACAACCAAUGGUACCUGGUGGAUUUACCGGGUUAUGGUUGGGCCAAGGUGAGUAAAAAAGCUAAAGAAAAAUUUCAGCUUUUGAUAGUGGACUAUAUGGAGAAGCGUAAGAAUCUGACUAACGUUUUUGUGCUCAUUGAUUCCCGGCAUGAACCUCAGAAAAUUGACUUGGAAUUUAUGGAGUGGUUGGGUGAAUUGGGGGUGCCUUUCAGUAUGGUGUUUACCAAGAUUGAUAAGCUGAACGGUAACAAACUGAAUGGCAAUCUCAAAGAUUAUCGAAAGAAGAUGCUGGAACGUUGGGAAGAAGUGCCGGUAAGUUUUUCGACCUCAGCAGAAACUGGCGCGGGUAAGCUAGAGCUGCUGGGCUAUAUUGGUGAGAUCAAUCGUCAGUUGGGUUUAAAUUAG